AUGACCGACGACAAACUGCGCCGGAGGCUUACCGGCCGGGCGCGCGAGGGGCGAACCAACGCGGUGCCGAUGAGCGAGGAGGAGCUCCAGGACGAGGAGCUGGACGUGGCGCCGCCGGCGUACGGCGAGCACCAUGACCAGCUGCAGUUUUCGCAGGCGGGGUUUAACGCCGACGCGGCCGUGACGACCGAGGGCCGGGUUCACAUCCACAUCAACGAAAAGAACCACCGACUCUCCGAGCUCCUCGCACCCACCCUACAACGCCAACAACAACAACUCCACACCGAGCCCGCCAGCGGCCCGCUGCCCCCGGCCUACAUCCCACCGAGCCUAGGCGGCCAGCCAGGCCAGACCCCCCCACCGAAACUCAACGUAGUCAUCCAAAUCGUAGGCUCACGCGGCGACGUGCAGCCGUUCGUCGCCCUCGGCCAGGUCCUCCGCGACACCUACGGCCAUCGGGUACGGAUCGCAACGCACGCGACAUUCCGCAAGUUCGUGGAGGACAACGGGCUGGAGUUCUUCAACAUCGGCGGCGACCCGGCACAGCUGAUGGCGUUCAUGGUGAAGAACCCCGGGUUGAUGCCCGGGUUGGACACGCUCAAGAGCGGGGAUAUCAAGAGGCGGCGACAGGAGAUUCAGGAGAUUUUGAUGGGGUGCUGGAGAUCGUGUAUUGAGGCUGGGGAUGGCAUGGGGGUGGCGCCGCCGCAGCAUAAGAAGGAUGAGCCGGUUGAUGAGCGGUUCGUGUUGCCUGGUGCGCCCGGGGUAAGGCCGUUUGUGGCGGACGCGAUUAUUGCAAAUCCGCCGAGUUUUGCGCAUAUUCAUGUGGCGGAGAAGUUGGGGAUUCCGCUGCAUAUGAUGUUUACAAUGCCCUGGACACCGACCCGUGCCUUCCCACACCCCCUCGCCGACGUGGUGGCAGCCAACACAGACGCGGCCAUCACCAACUACGUCUCAUACGCACUCGUCGAGAUGAUGACCUGGCAAGGGUUAGGCGACGUGAUCAACCGGUUCCGGGUGAGCGUCCUAGAGCUAGAAUACAUCUCGCUGCUGUGGGCUCCGGGCUUGCUCAACCGGUUGCGCAUCCCGGCGACAUACUGUUGGUCUCCCGCGCUGACUCCGAAACCCGCCGACUGGACCCCCGAGAUCACCGUGUCGGGCUUCUUCUUCCUCAACCUCGAGUCGAACUACACGCCGGAGCCCGACCUGGCCGCGUUCCUCGCUGCGGGACCGCCGCCGGUGUACAUCGGCUUUGGGUCGAUCGUGGUCGACGACCCGGAUGGGUUGACGCAGACUAUCUUUGACGCCGUCAUCCGGUCGGGCGUGCGAGCCAUUGUGUCUAAGGGCUGGGGCGGGUUCGGCAGUGCCGGGGGUGAUAUACCGGAAGGGGUGUUCAUGCUGGGCAACUGCCCGCACGACUGGCUGUUCAAGCGCGUGUCGGCGGUGGUGCACCACGGCGGGGCAGGCACAACAGCCGCGGGGAUCCUGGCCGGACGGGCGACCAUCGUCGUGCCUUUCUUCGGCGACCAGAUCUUCUGGGGCUCGAUGGUGGCCAAGGCCGGGGCCGGACCGGCACCCAUCCCGUACAAGAAGCUCACCGCGGACAACCUCGCGGAAGCGAUCCAGUACGCGCUGCUGCCGGAGACACAAGCGCGCGCGGCCGAGCUGGGCGGGCGUAUCCAGCAAGAACAGGGCGCGGAUGUUGGGGGGAAGAGCUUCCACCAGUUCCUCAACACCGACAUGAUGCGGUGCUCGCUGGCGCCGAGCCGGGUGGCCGUGUGGCGGGUGCGGCGGUCGCAGGUGCGGCUGAGCGCGUUAGCAGCUACGGUGCUGGUGCGUGAGGGGUGGCUUAAGUAUUCGGAUCUCAAGCUGUACCGGCCGGUUGAGUACCACACCGAGGAGCAGCCGUGGGAUCCCGUGUCGGCGGUGAUCUCGGCGGUGGUCGGGGAUGUGGGGGCGUUGACCAUGACGGUGGCGGACUUUCCGAGGGAGGUGUUUAAGAAAAGGAAGGGGAAGGAAGGGAAGGAGGAGGGGAAGGGGAAGGAGAAGGAGGAGGGUGGUAAGGGGCAGGCAGAUGAUACCUCAACAAUGCCUGAACUUGUCGGAUCCCAGCCAUCCCCGUCUAUCGUCGACCCCAGCACGGCCCUCUCUUCUCACCCUCCCCAAUCCUCCUCCUCCUCCGCCAACACGCCCUCAACCCUCUCGGGCACUCCAACUCCCCCAGCAAGCCACGCCGAACCAGGUCAAGCUCCCCCAGGUCCAGCCCCGGCCAACAACCAAAGUCCAGCUCCAGCCCAACCCGAAGACUCCUCCGCCACCGCCGAAAACAUCGACAUGGCGCUCGCCGCCGGCCGCGGCGUCGGCCGCAUCGUCGGCGCCGGUUUCAAAGUCUACACCAACACCUGUCUCGGCCUCGCCCGCGGCUUCCGCAACGCACCCAAACUCUACAACGACGACACCGUCCGCCCCCCCGAAAAAGUCACCGGUCUCGUCAGCGGCAUGCGCAUCGCGGGUAAAGAACUCGGCCUGGGCCUCUACGACGGCACCUCGGGCUUGUUCACACAACCCUGGCGCGGCGCGGAAAAGGAAGGUGGCGUGGGGUUUGUCAAGGGGGUUGGGAAAGGCGUGGGUGGGUUCUUCUUCAAGAAUGCGGCGGCUAUUUUUGCCGUGCCGGCGUAUACGAUGCAGGGGAUUCGGGUGGGCGUGAGGGGGUUGUUUGCGAGGAGUAUGAUGAAUUAUGUGGUUACGUCGCGGGUGGUGCAGGGGGAGGAGGAUUUUGAGGCUGCGUCGGGCAGGGAGAGGGGGGAUGUGUUGGUGCGCUGGGGCAGUGUGAGGGAGGAGUUGAAGGGGUUUUAUUUGUUUAAGCAGAAGCAGAAGCAGAAGGGGAAGGCGGCGGAGGGGCAGGAAGAGGGAAGAGAUGGCGGGGGGCCGGGGGGCGUGGAGUAUCCUGAAGGGAAUGGAAGUGGGCAUAAGGUGGCGAGGUUGAAUCUCCCGUGGACGCGUCGGCGAGCGAGCAGUGGUUCGGCUGUUUCUCCUGGCCUCGUCUCUCCCUCCCUGGCCUCGCCUUCAACAACCACGUCCUCAACGACGAACACUUCCACUUUCCGCCCAACAACUGCCAGCACCACCUCGGCAUCCAGCGUCUUCUCCGCUGCUGAAGAUCACGAAUCCCUUGAGCGCGCCAUUCAGCAGUCGGUCGCCCAGACCUCGACAGGCGACGCCGAGGAGGAUGCCCGGGUUGAGGCGGCUGUGCGGGCGAGUGUGAUGGAGAUGCGCCGGGCUGCUGAGUUACAACCUUCACAGCAGACUGGGACUGGGGCUGGCACAGCAAGAGGGGUGGAACGGAAUGCAGCUGGGUGGAUUAUUGAUCAGAAGACGGCGCAGCCUGAUGUGCCGGGGCCGGCAACAAUGACAGACGAACAGUGGACCAACAUCUCAGACGAAGAGUACCAAGCCCUGAUCGAAGAGGCCGUCCGACAGAGUCUGCUAGUGCAGCAGCAACAGGCUGAGGAGGAGGCGCAAAUGCAGCGGGAUGGCCUGGCAGAGUUUGAUAAUGCCAAGUAUCGCUUUGGGGGUCCUGCCUCGGGUUCUGGAUCUGGAUCUGCCCAAGAGGAGGGUGUUCAAUCACCCACACGCCCAGCCACACACGCCACACCCACAUCCCCAUCCGGCCAGGCAGGGGGAAACGAAGGGAGGAACGAAGAAGAAGAAGAGGACGAAGAAACCCAACAACUCCGCCUAGCCAUAGCCGAAUCAGCCCGCGAACACCGCACUCUCACCGAAGCCGCCGAGCGCCAGCGCACCGAAGAGGAGAUUGUGCUGGAGUAUGUUAAGAAGCAGAGUUUGGCGGAGGAGGAGUUUCGGAGGGCUAAGAGGGCUAGUACGCUGCCUGCAUCACAAGGGAAUGGGAAGGGGAAGGGGGUGGAUGUAAAUGUGGGUGAGGGGGAAGGGGAAGGGACUGGGCAGCAGGAGGAGGAAGAGGAUGAGGAGUUGAGACGGGCGAUUGAGGAGAGUUUGAGGAUGAGUGGUGGUGGUGAUGGGGGGCCCUCGAGGGUGUGA